GUUUGUUAGUUUUGGUCAAAUCUGUAGCUGUGUGUACCCUACUAUCUUGAGCAACUAAAGCUAGAAGUACACAUUGGGUUAUGAAAACAUUAUACCUAAUUUAAAACUCAGACCCUCCACUCGCCUUGUCUGGAACCUGUAAGGUAGCUAUUGGACCUGAGCAACAAGCACCUGCAUCCUCUGCAUCCUCAUCACACUUGACAUGAAGGAAAAAACACAGAGAAAUGGACUCCAAACUGUUGUUGUGCGUGAGUUUGAGGCGGCAGACAAACCGGAGAUACAGCGGAUCUUUUAUGAAGGGCUGAUGGAAAUGGUAGCAGACACAGCCUUCAGAGGCUUGAGACAUCAUCCUGAGAGUCUCCUGAUCUAUACCGCUAUGACAGCUGCAUGUUUUGCCAUCACCAUGUGUUGGUGGGUGAUAGGACUCCUCCCUAUAAUUGUGCUGUGUGGACGCUACUUCUGCAGCAGACGUGUGAUCCAUGGUUAUCUGGAGCAGGCCAUGAGCAGAGACAUGGGAGACAUGGAAGGGUUUUACAAGAAAUCCCCAGACUCCUGUCUGUGGGUAGCAGUGCUGGACAGCAAAGUGGUGGGUGUCGUAGCAGCACUCGGCCGGCAGAAGUCAGAAGGUGUUGUCGAGUUGCAUCGGAUGUCUGUCGAGCAGAGCUGUCGUCGGUGUGGAGUCGGUGUGGCGCUGGGACAGAAGGUUCUAGAAUUUGCCGCCACUCACGGAUACUCCUUUGUUGUCCUGGGAACCACAGCGUACAUGCCCGCCGCCCACAAGCUCUACCAGCGUCUGGGUUUUCGCUGUGUGGGGGUCACCGAUGGGUACGUCAUACCUGGUGCAAGAUUGUCCUUAAUGGAACAAAGUUUCUUCAGGGUCCGCCAUCAUCACUACAGCCUCGACGUGCAGAAAGCAAGAUCACUUCAUGUGGACAACACUGACUUAGUGGGAGCGCAGAUGACUAAACUGAAGUGAACUGAAGGCAUACUGUAUGUGUUGCGAGGGUUACCAAUGAGGGGGGAGGGGGGGGGGGAACUACUGGGAAAGGAGACACAAUUAGGGCAAAACACGAAGUACAAUUAACCAGGUUCAACUUGAUUAUAUAUUAAAAUUCCAUUUAAAACCGUGAACUUACUCAUUAGGGGAACAAAAUCCCCUUCCCAGGGCAGGAGGGGCAACAAGAGUUAGCGAUGUUGAGUUCUGUGCAGAGGCUUCGAAGCGUGUUGAGAAAUCCUGGUUGUUUCUGCUAGGGCAUAUCGAGGCUUGUAUCGUUUUAGACAAAUGACGUCAUUAAUGACAUCCGAAGCCUCGCUGCCCGUCCAUACCGCGUGACUGGUUUAUGAUAUGGUUCGAAUCUACACCGGCUUUAUUACACAUCCAUGAUCUACACGAGCACAUUCACUGCCCUCUGCCUGGUUAAACCACUGGCACGUUACAGUUUUAGAAUAGCCUACUAAUAUUGCCCCUCCUGCUAUUAUAUUAUGACCAUAUUGGAUAGCCACAUUCCUCUCAAGGAAAUCUGUUUAUUAUACAGUUAUGUUAAUUAUGUUAUACCACAGGAAAAUACACACUAUAUUGAUAUAAAUGGAUUAGGUGGAAAUAGAUCUUUUCUUCAUCUUUAUUUCUAAGUCUUUACUGGUGCAAAAUACAGUCAAAACCCAUUUCUGACACAAUGUAUCACAGAUCACUAGAUCAUCUGUAAUAUAUCUGCCUGUUUUAUGCUACGUUUACACGUGGGCGGCUAUUUUCAUAAACGGACAUUUCAAUCUCUCCGUUUUCAAAAAUAAC